GUGGAAUCCCGAGUCAGCAUCGGGACAUGCCGGGUGUACCUCAGAGAUAAGUGACAGGAAACACAACAUCUCAUGAUUCCGUGAUUAUUCUACUCUAAUUCGGCCUUAAAGUAUCAUUCAUCAUGUCUGCCACUUUGCGCCCAUAUCUGAAUGCUGUACGACACACAUUGUCAGCUGCAAUGUGUCUGCAGAACUUCAAUUCCCAGGUGGUGGAGCGACAUAAUAAACCAGAGGUAGAAGUAAGAUCUAGUAAGGAGCUCCUCAUGACAGCUGUUGUUGUUAGUCGAAAUGAGAAAGAGAAAGUGCUCAUUGAGCCUUCCAUUAACUCCAUCAGGAUCUCCAUUGCCAUUAAACAAGCUGAUGACAUUGAACGUAUUCUCUGCCAUAAAUUUAUGAGGUUCAUGAUGAUGAGGGCAGAAAACUUCAUUAUUCUUAGGAGAAAACCUGUUGAGGGAUAUGACAUUUCCUUCCUCAUCACCAACUUCCACACAGAGCAAAUGUUCAAGCACAAGUUAGUAGACUUUGUGAUCCAUUUCAUGGAGGAAAUUGAUAAGGAAAUUUCAGAGAUGAAACUUGCAGUGAAUGCACGUGCCAGAGAAUGUGCCAUGGAGUACUUAAAAAGGUUCUGAGUGAGUAUGAUGAUGCUAGUGAUGUCUAACGAAUCAUUAUCAUCAAUCUCUUCGAAGGAUGGGGUAGCAAGGUCUUCCAGCGUCCUUGGUUAUCGUUCCUUAGGGAGAGAGGAAAAGGAUUUCUCAUUCAUCUGUCAUUUCCAAACAUCUUCAUUGUGUGAAAGACAGUUCUGUGGACUUGAUUUCUCUAUAUUUAAUGAUUAUGACUUUUUCACUGUGCUGCGUGUAUGUAUCCGGUUCAGAGGAAAUUCACUUUUAUUGGGGAUACAAUGCAUUUUCACUGAUUGUUGACCAGUGCACAAAAUAACAUGUAAUUUGUUUUGAGUCAUAUAUUUAGUAUAAUUUUAGUGUUGGAACCUUACGGAAUUCGGAGAAAAGGGAAAUUCUCAGUUGUCAUAAGAAGCUACUGCCAUUCAAGUGAGCCAUUCCAUCCUUCUUAAUUAGCUAGCAAGUCUAAUGCAGUGUAUUCAGUUGUUUUAGUCAUUUGUUCCUACUUAUGUUAAUUUCUAAUAUAAUACAACAUGCAUUUAAAAAAAAAAGAUUAAGGUGGAAAUCUGUGUACAACAAAAGUAAAGUCUAAAAACUGCCUCUUCUAGCAUUUGAAUGCAUUAAAGAGCUUUUAAAUAAUGAAGCCAUACUUACCAAUUACUAAAACUAUAGGUAAACAUAGAUAUAUGCAGAUAGUUUUGUAACUAAACAAUUGUGUAAUUGUGUAACCAGCAUCCUUUAUAUUCUUUUUUUGUUUAUAUUGUAAAAUGAUGUGCAGUUUUUUCUGCACUUACGAGAUCCAAGCAAAAUAGGAAAAAGGUGGUAAGUGGAUUGACACCACAGUUACUAUGUAAUGAAUAGUUACUGCAGUUCAUGAGGUUUAUUGUGUAAACAUUUGUUGAAGUGUGUGGGUUCUUCCAUGUUAGAAUAUAGUCUCUGUAUUUGGAUUAUAUAUAACUGCAAAAGGGAAACAUGAAAAUACAAAUAUAAUCUGCAAAUAGACAUUUGGAGGUCAUUCAUGUAGUCAUUUUCUGUUUACUUCAGUCAAAUCUUGUGGAACAGUUGCAGUAAACUUGUGGUGUACAUGGUCAAGGCUUGAUUUAUUUAUAAUUUUUCAUUUAAAUUUUGUCAUCAUUUUUUUCUCUCUGGCUUGAGCCCUGAUAAUUAAAUGUUAUAAAAUAAAGAUUUAUCAGUAUUUGCUUUAUCAGAUUGAUUUAUGUAAAAUAUAAUGAUUUCUAAAAAUAUUCUUCUGCCUGCAUCUGUAUGUUGGAAUAUACAGUUGUAAGUAAA